GCAUAUUAUCAUUCUUGUACAUUCAAUCGGUUGUGUUGUUUAAAAUAAAUCGAUUGUAGCAAAAUAACGUUGUUUUCAAUUUGGUGUGGGCAAAAAUGGACAAUCAAUUUCGGAAUUUCAAAGACUUUCUUCAAUUGUACAACAAAUUGACUGAAAUGUGCUUUUCACAUUGUACCGACAAUUUUUUCACACGACAAUUAACAACCGAGGAAUCGAAUUGCUUGGAUAAAUGCGUUCUGAAAUUCAGUAAUGUAAAUCAAAGAGUGAUGACUAACUAUGUUCACUACCAAGGAAUUAUCAACGAACGACGAGUGAAAGAAAUGGAAGAACAAAUGAAAGCAAACGAAGCUGCCGCUUUGGCUGCCUCUAAUGUUCCAACCACUGAUGCUAGUACUUUGACACCAAAUGAUAUGGACAUUUCGUCCAGCAUAUCGGCUGUGAAUUCGGAGGAAACUCAAAGUCAAAGUCAGAAUUUGGCCACAUAGGAUUUAUUGCGAUAAUCAUUUUCUAAUUCAAACUGACACACCUGUAUGGAACUGUUCAGUUAAUUUUUAGUUAAUUCUAUUGAUAAAUAACCAAAGUAGAUGUUAAAGAUGCAAGUGCACUAAAAAUAAUAAAAUUAAAUAAACAAAAGAAAUGUCUACUUUGA